AUGACCCGAAAUGCAACCAGAUUUGUUUAUGGUUUCCUGCUUUCACAGACACAGCUUUAUGUCGAGGACUGGAUUGGUUUGAAAACGUUGGAUGAUGCUGGGAGGGUGAAGUUUGUCAACGUGUCUGGAAAUCACCUGGGGAUUUCUAAAAGCGAUAUGAAGAAGUUUGUCGUUCCUUACUUGGAGGAUGAAUCAUCAGAAAAUGUUGCCGCAGUGAAAAGAUGCAGUUCUGGGAAUUGUAAAAGGCAAAAGGAAGCUGUAAAAAUUAACUAUGGUAACGGGUUCAAGAAGAAUGAAGAAGAAGAGGAAGCAGCUAAGGGUGAGCAAUUAGAAGAAAAGAAGCAUGAGAAUGAAGAAAAAGGAGAAGAGCAGCAAGCAGCAGAUGAGAAGCUGAAUAAUGAAGAAAAAGAGGAGCAGCCGACAGAUGAUGAUGAGAUAUUAAUGAAGUAG